ACUACACAAGGAAGAGUGGCGUGAUAAUAACGAUAUAUUAAGAGAAUAUCUCAUUUUAAUGAUAAUUUAACAAUAUAUUCAGUACAGGUAGCAAAAAUACAAAGGCUACAUUAUGUCCACAAAGAAAGUGAAAAUAGUUGCCUUGCGUUUACCAAAUAAGAACGAACCAGGUGUGCACAACUUCAGUAUCGAAAUUGUGCCAAAGAACAAAGCGAAAUCCGUGAUAAAGAAAAGACAAAAAGAGAAGUAUGAAAAAGAUGAAUGCAUUAUACCACCAACGUCUCCCAAAAUUGAACUACCUUUGGAUAAGGACAAGAAAUGUGAAAUUAAAUUAAGAAUUGAAGGGGGACUCAAGCCAGCUGAUGACAUGCAUGACGGCGAAGAUAUUAUAGUUUAUUCGGCUAAAGGGAAAAAAGCUGCCCGCAAAAUCCUAUUUACAAUUCCAAGCAAUGAAUCGGACAAGGCCAGCAUUCUUUUUACUGUAGGAGACACAUAUAAACACAGGGUAAACAUUGUUGGUGUUCCGUGUCCAACGGAAACAAGUCCGCCAGAACCAGAAGCGUUGAGCAUCAUUGGUGGCGCAACCGCAGGUGGUGCCAAGAGCAAUGAGGCGGGAUACCUUGCAAAGCCAGGUCUUUCAUCGAGUGAAGUGACAUCGGUUCCUGGUCGUGCCAAGACCAAUGAUGCGGGUUACCUUGCAAAACCCGCUAUUCCAUCGAGUGAGGUGACAUCGGAUCCUGUUGGUCCUGGUCCUAGCGUUAAGGAAGGAUCGUCUGAUGAGACAGAAGUAUCGGGAGCGCGCGGGGUCAUCAAACCUUCAGUAUCGAAAUUGUGCCAAAAAAAAGCUGCAAAGUCCGUGAUAAAGAAAAGACAAAAAGAGAAGUAUGAAGACGAUGACUGUAUUGUGCCACCAACGUCUCCCGAUGUUGAACUACCAUUGGAUAAGGACAACGAAUGUGUGGUUAAAUUCACAAUAAUUGGGGGACUAAAGCCAGCUGAAGAUAUGCAUGACGGCGAAGAUAUUAUAGUUUAUACGGCUAAAGGGAAAACAUCUGCCCGCAAGAUUCUUCUUACAACUCCAAGCAACGAAUCGGACAUGGCCAGCAUUCUUUUCCAUGUAGGAGACACAUUGAAACACAGGGUAAACAUUGUUGGUGUUCCGUGUCAAAAGGAAUCAAGUUCUCCAGGAGAAGCUUUGUUGAGCAUCUCGGGCGGCGCCACGUCAGUUGGUCCUGGUCCUAGGUUUCUGGAAGGAUCUUCGUAUGAGACAGGAGAAUCAGCCUACAAGAAGCUGCUAAGCAAUACAUCACUGAAGGUUCUUGCAAAUGCUAUCGCGCCAAAUGACGUCUACACACUACUUAUUCAACUGGAGGUUCCCCCAGUAAAGAUCGAUCAAGAAAGACUUAAUAACCCAGGCGACAUUGGGUCAGCAUACUUUAAAUGCCUUUACCACUGGCGUUCCAUUGCGGGUUUGAAGGGUGCUUAUAACCUGGAAGUCGACAAAUACCUGUUUAAUAAACUAAUCGAGGUAUUGACUGAGCUAGGCAGAAAUGACAUUAAGAGGGUUUUGAUGAAAGUAUUAGAGGAAGGUCCAAGAGAUCUGCGUAGGAUAGACUUCACUGGCCUGUAUUGUUAAACGCAUCCGUGCACGUAGCGCUGAAUGAGCUUGAUGGAUCAUAUGAGGUCGUUUUCUUAAAUCACUUUUCAAUUUAAAUUCAUCACACGAUUAUUGUAUGGCGCUAAAAGGUUUUCUAAAGGAAUGCAUUUUAGUAAGAUCUUGGUGCAUACGGACAAUAUCAGCCAAUUUACUUUUUUAUCUGAGAAAAAAAACAUUUCAGUAGCGAUACUUAUAUAAUUCAAGUUUCUGGCAGUAAUAUGAGAAAUUUCAGCACUCCCUUCAGUCCUGCGUCUAAAACACAGACUUAAGGGUUCAUUGAAAUUGGCUUUAGCGAAAAUCAAUUAUGUCUAGUUGUUUAUGUUUCUAUUCUUUCUGCAUGCAUCAAUUUAAGAUUUUGAAACUCUUAAAAAUAAAUAAAGCUGAGUCAGUAUGGGUUGCGAAUAAUAUGUUCUUCAUGAACAGGUUUAUUUUUGAUAAAACGGACGCUGCUGUUCCAUAGCAUGUAUACAUUUUAUUCGUUCGAAUAUUCCUAACAUUAAAUUGAUUUUUGAAUGUAUAAUACGCCAGUGUUUUAAUAUAUCUUUAUUUAUCUUUUUACCAUUAUAAACAUUCUAACUGCUACUUUUGAAUAAUAAUAAAAUGUCAAUUAAUCAUAAAUAUACUUUGCAAAAUUAAUCAGUUAAUUUUAAAAGUUUACAAGUUGAUUAUAUCCCAAUAUCUAAUAAAACAUCUAAACAAUUUUUUCUUCGUUCUUUCUAACAAUACUCAUGAAGUAUUC